GACUCAACCCAUUACACUCGUUAGUAAAGAAAUUUAAAAUUUUGGAUAGUGCCCAGAUCCUAGAUCUUUUCAUCCAUCUAGGAAACCUAGUGUGCCCAUAUGCUGAAACCAAUGGGUAUGCAAUGGCGAGCACUAAAAAAUGAGACCUAUUCACAUUUUGCACAAUAACCGCAAGUACACAUCGCUUAGAUAAGGCAUUAGUAUGCCAAGAACAGAACGUUAAACAUGUUGAAAUCCAGUCAAGAUCGGAAACUAAAGCACCUUUUCGACGGCGGUGAUUGGAAUGUGUACGAACCGAAUAUCCUAAAUCUUGGAGUGGGUGCUCCAGGAACCGAUCUCCUGGCCGCCAACUGCGAUAACUUCCGGACGGCCACAGAUCAUUGUCUGGAACGCGAAAAGCGUGAAAACCAAUCGCUGAUUUUCCAAUAUGGACCAACAAGUGGAACAUUCGAGGUGCGCCGUGAAAUAUCCACCUAUUUCAGCGAAAUGUUUCAAAGUCCCGUAAAUUGUGAGGAUUUGAUAAUAACCACAGGAGCAACUCAGGGUCUUCACCUACUUUUGUCCACAAUGUUGGACUUUGAGGGUUUCGUAUUCGUGGAUGAGUACACCUAUAUGAUUGCGUUGGAUAGCAUAAAGCACUUCAGCACUCUGACCGUAGUUCCCGUAAGGCUCAACGAUGAUGGGGUGGACCUGAACGAUCUUAAAGAGCAGGUCUCUAAACGGCGCUUUCAAUCGAAGAAUAAGGAGUUCUGGGGAAUCUACUACACCAUACCAACCUAUCAUAAUCCCACGGGGAUUCUAUUCUCGCCAGAGGUCUGUCGUGGAAUCGUGCAACUUGCUCGGAAGUUUGAUUUCCUUGUCGUCUGCGAUGAUGUUUAUAAUAUCCUUAACUAUGGCGAAAAGCCCACCCACAGUCGUCUGUUGUCUUAUGAUGAUAGAAAUGAUGCCGACUUUGCAGGACAUGUUAUUUCCAAUGGCAGUUUCUCCAAGAUUCUGGGUCCUGGAGUUCGCUUGGGCUGGCUUGAAGUUCCUCCACGUCUGAAGCCCAUUUUAGAUGGUAGUGGAUUUGCAGUUAGCGGUGGAUGUUUUAACAACUACACAUCCGGCAUUGUGGCCAGUCUCUUUGAGCUGAAGCUAGCCCAAAAGCAUAUAGCUGCAGCCCAUGAGGCUUAUAAGGAGCGAAUGCUGGCCACCACGCAGGUGCUUCGAGAUGGGUUGCCAGACUGCUGCAAGCUGGUCAGCCCCACGGGAGGAUACUUCAUUUGGGUGCGCAUCCCGGAUCAAUUGGACAGCCGAGAGUUUCUCAAGUACUGCCUGGAGAAUCAUAAGAUAUACUUUAUAGUGGGAACACGCUUCUCUGCGGAUGGUCAAAGUGGCAAACAGUUCUUCCGCCUGUCCAUCGCCUUCUAUCCCAAGGAAAAGUUGGUGGAUGGAACUAGAAGACUUUGCAAUGCACUUAAGGAUUACAUAGUCGACCAACAGGUACCCCAUGGCGUUUCUUAAUAUGGCAAAAUAUUUUUAUUAUUGUGGUUAUCUGCUAUCGUACUUUAAAUAUGACUUAAAAAGAUGUGACUGUGCACUAAACUACUUAUCAAGAAGUUAUCUACUAUAUAAAGAGAUAUAUGAUAUACA